AUGCCCAAGGUCAAACAGCAGAAGCGCAAUAGCGCUUCGAAGGCCAGUCCCUAUGCCGAUGCGGCGGCAAAGACGAAGGCCGCCAACACCGUCUUCAAGAUGAAUACCGAUCUCGGCCAGCACAUUCUGAAAAACCCUGGCGUGGCUCAACGAAUUGUUGACAAAGCCGAGUUGAAACAGAGCGAUGUUGUUCUGGAAAUUGGUCCUGGUACCGGUAACUUGACCGUGAAGAUCCUCGAACAGGCGAAAAAAGUUAUCGCCGUUGAGCUCGACCCUCGAAUGGCUGCCGAAGUCACCAAGCGUGUUCAAGGCACGCCUGCCCAGAAACGCUUAGACGUUAUCCUUGGAGAUGUGAUCAAAACAGACCUUCCAUAUUUCGAUGUUUGCAUCAGCAACACGCCGUAUCAGAUCUCUUCUCCCCUCACAUUUAAACUUCUCGCGACGUCUCCGGCGCCCCGCAUUUGUGUUCUCAUGUUUCAACGAGAAUUUGCUCUAAGGUUAUUCGCGAAGCCGGGCGAUAAGCUCUACAGUCGACUCUCCGUCAAUGCUCAGAUGUGGGCUAAGAUCGACCACAUCAUGAAGGUGGGCAAGAACAAUUUCAAGCCCCCACCGCUGGUCGAGUCGAGCGUUGUCCGUCUGGUACCUAAGAACCCCAGGCCACAGAUCAACUACGAUGAGUGGGACGGGCUUCUGAGAAUUCUAUUCGUCCGGAAGAACAAGACAAUUCGGUCAAGUUUCCUUGGCAAGUCCACGGUCAUGGAUAUGUUGGAAGCCAACUAUCGAACAUGGUGUGCGCAAAACGAUAUCCCAGGAAAGGUAGCAGAGCUCGUCCGGGAGAAGGUACGGCAGGUGUUGGAAGAUGAAACACGCCUUGCGGACAAGCGUGCAAGGAUGUGCGAUGAGAACGACUUCCUGAAGUUAUUGUGGGCCUUCAACCAGAAGGGCUUCCAUUUCAGCUGA